CUCGAUAUUGCCUCGCCAAGACAAGGACUGAUGCCGCGCAUCGAGACAGAACCCAAGCUGGACUUCAAGGAUGUGCUCAUUCGGCCGAAGCGAAGCACCCUCAAGAGCAGAUCUCAAGUCGACGUUUCCCGCACGUACACCUUUCGCAACUCGAAGCGGACUUGGACUGGUGUGCCCGUGAUUGCUGCCAACAUGGAUACAGUCGGAACGUUUGAAAUGGCAAGAGUGCUCGCGGCGAAUCAAUGCAUCACGUGCAUCCACAAACAUUACACCGUGGACGAGUGGCAUGCCUUUGCAAAGACCUAUCCGAGUGUGCUCCCUUUCGUGGCGGUGAGCGCUGGCACGAGUGCGGCGGAUUUGGAACGUGUCUCGGCUGUCUUGCACGCGCAUGAUGCAAUUGCAUUUGUGUGCUUGGACGUAGCCAACGGAUACUCCGAGCACUUUGUGGAUGCCGUGCGCUCUGUUCGCGCCAAUCAUCCAACGCAUACCAUCAUCGCUGGCAAUGUUGUGACGGGCGAAAUGGUCGAGGAACUUGUCCUCAGCGGCGCCGACAUCAUCAAGAUUGGUAUUGGUCCAGGCUCAGUCUGCACCACUCGCAAGCAGACCGGCGUGGGGUAUCCGCAGCUGUCGGCUGUGCUCGAGUGUGCCGACGCCGCGCAUGGACUCCGCGGCCACGUCAUUUCUGAUGGCGGAUGUACUUGCCCUGGUGAUGUUGCGAAGGCAUUUGGAGCUGGUGCGGAUUUUGUCAUGUUGGGGGGCAUGCUCGCGGGCCACGAUGAAAGCGGUGGCGACGUGAUUGAGACGAGCGAUGGGCGGAUUUUCAAGAGAUUCUACGGCAUGAGCUCUGCGACCGCGAUGAAGAAGCAUGCCGGCGGCGUGGCCGAGUACCGAUCGAGCGAAGGCAAGAGCGUGACGGUGCCGUACCGAGGCCCUGUGGACAACACGAUCAAGGACAUUUUGGGCGGCGUGCGGUCCACUUGCACGUAUGUCGGCGCGAGCAUGCUGAAGGAACUGAGCAAGGUGAGGCAUUGGAGACUUCGGCCGAGUCAGCGCAAUUCUAGCCUUACGGCCUUGUGGCGAUGUAGCGAACGACUUUUAUUCGUGUGAGCCAGCAGUUGAACGAAGUGUUUGGCAUGGCCCCGAACGAACAAGAGAGCGAGGCACGAGCUGCCAAGAAGGCCAAGGCGACAGAGUAGGCUGCGCGAUCACAACAAAAAAGCCAUUCGGGAUAGCAACUUUUGAUUCGCGUCGUGCAUUGAAACGGUCGUCCAUCCAUUCGAGGCUUCCGUCGUCAACAUCUAUAUCAAAAGGGGCUUCCAUGACGUGCUCGGUGUGGCAGACAUGUUGUUGGGCGUUUGGUGCUUCAUUCUGUC